GGGUUGCGCUGUGAUCUCCUUGUGUGCUUAUUUAUUGGUAAGAAACUACCUAUAAAUCCAAUAGUGCCCGUUAGUUUUAACUUCGCGUACUUUCAUAAAAUACAAAGCGUAACAUAUCAUAGGCUUCAUAGCUGAGAGCGUCACUUUCGUAGAAGAAUAUUACGUAGGUACCUAAGGUGAGAGACAAACAAGACCCCAUCUUCAAUGCACCCUUAUCGCCUAUAUGAGUAUCGCGAAGCAACCUCAAUGCGGGGAACCGAGAACCAAUCAUUCAACAUACGUCGUGGUUUCGGCUUGGAAGACAUGAUUGUUGAUCCAUCUUCUCCUCAUUUUGUCUAUGGGGCAAGUCGAGAAUCGAAACUCAAGCAGUAGAUAUUUACGCAGCGAUUCCCCACGAGAAAGGGGAGGAAUUCCAAUCCACCAAUCAUCACCGCGAUUUCGGCUUUUCGGGUAUAAAAUUGAAUAUUAAGAGGUUAAGAGAUAGUCUCUCUUGAAAUUUGGAAUAAAGGAUCUCGAGAUACCGAAUCAAUUCAUCAUGAUUGAAGAAAGCGAUGAAAUAAAAGAUGCCUCGGCGAAAGUCGAUGGAGGCGGAUUUGAACAUGUCGAGAAUGACUCAAAGCCAAAGGUUACCGCGAAGAUCAACCAGCGCCAUGAAGAGAUGUACCAUGAAGCAUUACGGCAAUACCCCGACGAUGACGCCAUUGAUAAAGAAAGCGAGAAGAGACUCAAGCGAAAACUUGACAGACGCAUAUUACCUCUGUUGGGCGUUUGCUACUUCUUUUACUAUGUCGACAAAACCACGCUUUCAUAUGCCGCCAUCUUCGGCAUCCAAUCGGACCUCCACCUAAAAGGAGCAGAAUACUCAUGGCUAUCGAGCAUCUUCUACUUCGGUUGGCUCUUCUGGUCUAUCCCGUCAAAUCUCAUCAUGCAACGCUGCCGGCCGGCAUGGUACUUAGCGUUCAACAUCUUCAUGUGGGGCGUGCUCUUGAUGUGCCAAGCCGCAGCUUCAAACUUUGCCGGUCUCACUGCGCUGAGAAUUCUGUCCGGGGCGUUUGAAGCUAUCGCGGACCCUGCGUUCAUGCUUAUAACUUCGAUGUUUUAUACGCGUGAAGAACAACCUUCGCGUAUUUCGGCGUGGUAUGCUUGGAAUGGCGUGGGCAUAGCAGGUGGCGGCCUUAUUGGGUACGGGAUUGGCCAGAUGAAAGGCGUGCUAGAGUCGUGGCGUUACGAAUUCAUCGUGGUGGGCGCGCUAUGUUCUUUCUGGGGCAUCGUUUUGCUCCUCCUCUUACCCAACUCGCCUACAACUUUCUGGGGUUUCAGUAAGGAGGAACGAUUACUCAUGAUAGCUCGAGUGCGCCGCAACCAGACCGGAAUCGAACAUCAGGUAAUAAAUUGGGGUCAGGUGAAGGAAGCGUAUCUUGAUUAUAAGACUUGGCUUUUCGUGCUAUUCGGUUUUCUUGGGGCGGUGCCGAAUGGUGGUAUCUCGAAUUUUUCGACGCUGGUCAUCAAGGGCCUAGGAUUUGAUACCCUGCACACCACGUUGUUAGGCAUUCCACAGGGUGUUCUCGUGGUGAUAUGGAUCGGUCUUGGCGCGCUUGCAAAUAAACUCAUGCCGCCAAAUAACCGCACGACUGUCUCUGCUUUAUUUAUGCUACCUACAAUGGCAGGAGGAUUGGGAUUCUUACUCGCCCCACCUGACGCUUAUGUUGGUCGAUUAAUCUGCUUGUAAGUUCAAGGAAUUAAGGAAAGCAAUCUCUAUACGAUUCUAACAGUUGUCAGCUAUCUUACUGGAUCUUACCAGG